AUGGUUGUGGCGCGCCUCUCCCCCACCCGGCUCUUGGCGGCCUUCGCGGAUGGGGAGGCACAGCAGGGCACUGUAGUGGUGGUGACGGUGUCGCAUCACUUUCCAGAUCAAUGGAGCAUGAAGCUUGGCAUCAAGCAGGUGGUGAAUGCUGGCAAGACCAGCCACCUGGCGCUGGCGGCUGUGUCGGAGUCUGUGGCCCUGGUUACCUUCUUCGACGAGACCACGGCCUCGCUGCAGGCCAGGGUCAUCCAGGUCACCGGAGACGGCCUCAACGAUGUGACCCUCGGAGCGCCAGAAACCGUCAUCUUGGGAAACUCCACGAAUGAGACGGCCAACUUCUCGACGACAGAGGAGGCCAAGCGAUUUCGGGAAGACGGCGGAUAUUUUGGUGGCUUUCAGCACGGAGUGCUGGUAGCCUUUGGCGCGCAGGGCGAGGCGGGCGAGGUGGUUCUCUUGACCAUUGACGGCGUGAAUGCCACACGUGCUGCGGCCACACCUCUGCGAAGCCAAGCCGACCAUGUGUCGCUGGUGACACUGGGCUCCUCGGCCCUUUGCGUAUUUCGGGACCCAGACGGGCUAGCAGUUGUGCAGGAGGUUGAAGUUUUCGAGAACUACAACGGCGAGGAUCAUGCCAUCAGGCUGGGCUCCAGCGCAGUGGUCUCGGAGGGUGUGGAGAGCCUCGUCGCUGUGGGGCUCAACGGCACAGGCGUCCUCGCAGCAUUCCGCGACAAUACUGGCCGCGGCGUGACCAUGCUCAUCGGCACUUCCUUCACAUGA